UUGAAAUGUUACAGAUGAUACUCAGUUUUUCUCUUAAGGGCAGAACUCCAACACCGCAGGUGGAAAGCAACAAAAAGAACAGGACAAAGAAAACAAGAGAAUUUUUCCUGGAAGACACACAUAGCUACGUGAAGCCAAUUACUAACUGAGAGAAAAUGCCAAACUUAUUUGUUCGACACAAUCAUUUUUGCUUCUUAAGAGGAAAGGAAAGAUGAAAGACCGACUUCAAGAACUAAAGCAACGAACAAAGGAAAUUGAACUCUCUAGAGACAGGCAUGUGUCGACUACAGAAGCAGAAGAACAAGGGGUGUUUUUGCAGCAAGCUGUUAUUUAUGAAAGAGAGCCUGUAGCUGAGAGACACCUACAUGAGAUCCAAAAACUACAGGAGAGUAUUAACAACUUGACAGAUGAUGUUCAAAAAUUUGGGCAACAACAGAGAAGUCUGGUGGCUUCAAUGAGAAGGUUUAGUCUACUUAAGAGAGAGUCUAGCAUUACAAAGGAGAUAAAAAUCCAAGCAGAACACAUUAAUAGAGGUUUGGAUGAUUUAGUGAAAGAAGUUAAAAAGUCAGAGGCUGAAAAUGGUCCAUCAUCAGUGGUGACAAGGAUACUUAAAUCUCAGCAUGCUGCGAUGUUCCGCCAAUUUCAGCAAACUAUGUUUACAUACAAUGACACAAUAGCAGCAAAGCAAGAGAAGUGCAAGACAUUUAUUUUCCGUCAGCUUGAAGUUGCUGGAAAAGAAGUGCCUGAAGAAGAAGUAAAUGAUAUGCUUUAUCAAGGAAAAUGGGAAGUUUUUAAUGAAUGCUUACUUACAGAAAUCACUAUCACUAAAGCACAACUCUCAGAGAUAGAACAGAGACACAAGGAACUUGUUAAUUUGGAGAACCAAAUGAAGGAUUUAAGGGACCUUUUCAUUCAGAUAUCUCUUUUAGUAGAGGAACAAGGAGAAAGCAUCAACAAUAUUGAAAUGCUAGUGAACAGUACAAAAGAGUAUGUUACUACUACCAAGGAGAAAUUUGGACUAGCUGUAAAAUACAAAAAAAGAAAUCCUUGUAAGGUAUUGUGUUGUUGGUGCUGUCCAUGCUGUGGCUCAUAA